AUGCCCCUUCAACCAUUCAGCGGUAUGGCUCGAAAGCUUGUUCUGGCAUUUGAUGUCAGUACAACAUACUCUGGCAUUGCAUACGCUAUCCUGGAUCCUGGAGAAGUACCUAAGAUCCAAGGAGUCACACGGUUUCCUGGACAAGAGAAUGCAGCAGGGGACUCGAAAAUCCAAUCUAUCUUGUACUACGACCGAGAUGGCAGAGUACGAGCAGUAGGAGCUGAAGUGGCCCUUCCCAGCAUGAACCUACAAGUUGAAGAUGAGGAUCUACUCUUCGUCGAAUGGUUUAAAUUGCACCUUCGGCCGGAUUUUCUCGAUUCCGGGGAGGUUAACAAGAAUGUUCUUCCGCCGCUGCCCCUGAAGAAGACUGUGAUCGAUGUUUUUGGGGACUUUCUGAAGUACUUGUUUUUGUGCGCUCGCCGUUACAUAACGGAGACCCACGCCAAUGGACAACAGCUUUGGACCUCGUUGGAAAAUCAGAUUGAGAUUGUGCUAAGUCAUCCGAACGGCUGGGAAGGCCUCCAGCAGACCAAGAUGCGACGUGCUGCUAUAGCAGCUGGUCUCAUACAGGACACGCCUCAGGACCACAAUCGGAUCCACUUCGUCACCGAAGGUGAGGAAGGUCAGAGUGUCAUGAUUAUAGAUGCUGGAGGUGGGACUGUAGAUUUGAGUACAUACACUUUCACUUCAGUAUCUCUCAUGUCGGUCGAGGAGAUAUCACCUCCAGAUUGCUUGAUGCAGGGAUCGAUCGGCGUGAAUGCCAGAGCCCAUAAAUACUUAGAAGCAUUGUUAAGGAACUCCAAAUACGGGAAUCCAAUGGACCUUAAGUCGAUGACCGAUUACUUUGAGAAGUAUACGAAGCCAAUAUUUACGAACUCGAAUGAACCGGGGUAUAUUCGGUUUGGCGCCAUGGAUUGCAAUGACCUGGCAGUCAAAAUUCGGAGGGGUCAAUUCACUCUCUCAGGUGAAACAGUGGCUACUUUUUUCGAACCAUCCAUCAAGGCUAUCACGGACACCGUGAAGAGACAGUGCCAAACAGCGAGGGAGCCUGUCAAAUUGGCAUUUCUUGUAGGAGGUUUUGCAGCCAGUCCUUGGCUCUUCAAGAGACUGCAAGCUUCUCUGCAACAGAUCCAUACAAAUUUGGUCAGACCUGACAGUUAUACAAAUAAGGCCAUUGCUGAGGGGGCAGUUUCCUUCUACCUCGAGCACUUCGUCGCAGUUCGCAUGGCGAGGGUCACUUACGGCACCCCGUGUCUUCGUCCCUACGACCCAAAUGACAAAGAACACUAUCAAAGAUGGGAAAAGAUUAUCACACGUCCGUCCGGACAUCUUGUGCUUCCGGAUGCAUUUGGUUCUCUUCUCCAGAAGGGCAUGCGCAUGCAUGACAGCGACGAGGUCAUUCACUCAUUUGUGAAGGAAGCACAUGAAGCCUCACUUUUAGACAAGAUCUCGUCGGAAAUCACCUGUUACAGAGGAAAGUCUAAAACUCCAUGCUGGAUGGACGUAGAGCCAGAGCGAUUCUCCGUCCUGUGCACCGUGUAUGCUGAUAUCUCAGACGUGGUCAAAACCGAGAACUGGGGUUCCAAUAGCAUGUAUUACUCCCAGGAGUUCAAGAUUGUCUUGCUGUGUGAUUUGACGGAGCUGAAGGCUCAGUUGUGCUGGAGCGAGAAUGAAGAGGAAAAGCUCGGACCGGCGAAGAUCGUAUACGAUGAUGAUGCCGAAGUUGAGGUGGUAGUGCUGACGAAACCAGACGCAGGCCUGCACUUCAACGCACGACAAGCCCAAGUUGAACGAUUCGACAUUCACGAGAUAGCAGAGGACAUGCUCACCCGUGCACCUCAUCUGUCAGAUAUCUUGAGUGCUCUAUUGGACGCCGACAUUUUACUUGCAUGGCGGCGGCAGAGAGAUCAUACAAAGAGUAAACAAAGGCAGAAGAAGGUUCAACAGUGGCGCACGCGGAAGGAGUCAGAGCCGAACGAGGUUCCCGCAUCUGAGCCUGAGGAUGUUGUUAAUGCCGAGACUUGUUCACUCGAUGCCAACAUGAACACAGCAGAAACUCAUCAUGAAGAUGAACGCGAGCGAGACAGAUCACAUCCAGGUGGAAGUGAAGUUAACGCGGACAGUGAUGGCGGAAAUGGCAGCCACAACAUGACGAUGAUGACAAUGGAUGCUGAGGUUGACCGCAUGGCAGUCGACAGUGAGGAGGAGUAUUGGGGCAGUGACACAGUGAUGGAGGAUGCAGCGGCGGAGAAUGCAGGACAGGGUGCAAGUGUGGAGAACGUACAAGAGAGCUCAGGCGUGGACAAUGCACAGGAAAGUGCAGGCAUUGACAAUGUGGAGAGCACAGGCUUGGGUAAUGCUGAGGACAGUGAAGAGGAAUACUGGCAAGACGACAUGGAUCCGGACGUGCUGGAAGACCCUGAUGACCCCGAAAGUGCAUAUGAUCAAUUUGAGGAAAAAGAGCGCCGAAAAUGA